AUGCUCCGUCGAACAGUGGAUCCUGGUAAAGACGCGUACGACGUGCUCCGUCGCUCCCCCUCUUCUCUCUCGAACACACCGCAGACACAGUACAGCAACCAUAAACCCAGCAGACAACUUCGUCCACGAUCAAGCUCAAGAGUUGACCGCCCUGUUCGACCUCUUCCCUUGCGACGCCAUGCAUCGUUCAGCUCAGCCAGCGCAGAAACCAUGGUCGGCGCCAAGGGACCGCCGAUACCCUCAGGUGGAACUAGAGCUUCAUCGACAACACCGACCUCAUCGUCCCCCCAGCAUUCCGCGUCGCUGUUCCGAGCCGUGAAGGCAGUCCUCAUGAAGCACCCGUCCCUCGAUGCCGCCUACGUUUUCGAUAUCGCCCGCCUGCACUACACCACGUGUAAAGGAGAGGAACAACUGAUCAGGUGCACCCUGGACCAUUUAACGAAGCAGCCGAGCAACUCCAAGUCACAUUCGAGAAGAAACAGCAAACGAAGCUGGUCGGAAUUUGCGGAAACAUUGGAGGAUGCUAUUUCGGGUCCCGGAGGGGGCUUCAAGCUUCGUCGAACCUCAGAGCCUGUGCGCUCCGUGGAGAACGACACGAAGUUCAUUGUCUGCGAGGCAUGCCUCACCAAGCACUUCCCGGACGCAACGGCAGGUUGUCCGGCCGGUCACUUGUUUUGUCAUUCCUGCGUCUUCAGGGAGGUGUUGGUUCAAGUCGACACCCAAGAUCCGGGCGUCAUUUGCCUAGCGCCCUACUGCCCACAUCCCUUCAGUGUAUCGGUACUGUCCAAGAUCCUCCCUCAUGAACCUGUUGGACGUUACGACCGCCUCAUCGAGAGCCAGAGGUUCAAACAGAUCAGCCGAUUUGAACAAUGUCCUCGUUGCCUCUGGAAAUGUCAGAUCACUAUCCCCAUGGAUCAAGACCCUUUGUUUCGUUGUCGUAACGUUGGCAUAUGCGAGGCCAUUACCUGUCGAGUCUGUAACCGCGCUGCCCACGGCUUCAAGACGUGUCGAGAGGUUGAAAUAGAAGAACGGCGUUCGCAAGCUUCCAAGGCUGCAGGCCCCGUGCAAACAGAGUAUCACUCAGGGUCGAGUUUGACCACCCUAGAUGCCGCAGGCAGACAGCGAAGGCCACCACAGGACUCGCAUAACAACCACAAGGUGCAAACUGUUGUCGUGAACAUUAAAGAGGAACCGACUGACACCAACCCGAUGCUCGUCAGUCGGCCCGCCUCUCCUUGUCCGCCUACUCCAUCCCUCGGCCCCACGAUUGAGCCAGACCUGACAGUUUCUGAGAGGCUCGGUAGCACCAGCUUAUACGUGAGACAUCGCGACCUUAGCAGCGGUCGCGGGCUCCCUCCCCCUCAGUCCCUCCGAUAUCCUCCAACAGCUUCGUGCUCAUCGUCUCCUCGUAACUGGGUCCUUCAGAAGCCGCCUCUAGAACGCCAGCACCUCGAUCGUUACACGACUAUGAGUAUGGAUAGAGCACCUUCAUCCGCGUUUCAACUACCUCCACCCCUUGCCUCGCUGAAACUGCCAGCAAUACCUCCAUUGGCUACAUCCUGUUCUUCCGAUGACUCUAACACGCUGGGUCGUCCAUUCAACCUUUCCAUCAAACCUCGGGCGGCUACAGCUGUUGGACCCCAAUUUUUCGACCAUCGGUAA